AUGGCGCAACAGGAUGCUGGCGUUCGCUUCUGUCACAGCCUUGUAAGCCAGCUCAACUUGCCAGGAGCCGCCGCCACCUGCUUCGACCGCGAAGUCCUCGCCACCCUCGAGCCGUUCUCGACCACGCACAAGGUCGUCUUUUGCACCGUGGUUUCUAUCCGGUCGGAGCUGGAUCGCAUUCUUGGCGAUCUGAACCCCGCCUGGGUCACCGUCACCUUUAUCCUCCACUGCGGCUUCCAGAAGCUAGAGGACUGGCAGGAUGGCAAGGCCAGCCAAACGGAGACAACGCAUUUCCGGCACGAGAACGGCCGAGAGCGGUACCCAGGCAGCCUCGUGUGGCAGAUGGCGCUGCAGCCGCCUGGCGGCGAAGCGAACGUGAAGCCGCAGCGGUUGGGGCUGCAGCACUUCCGUUGCGACACCGUCACCGUUUCCGCCACCUCCCCACCUCUCAACAACGGGCCCACUAUGGCCGGCUGCUACCGCACAUUCUUUCACAGACGCCUCCGCGAAGCCGUCGAGGCUCUCAACGGCCUCAAGUACCCUGGCGACCCCAACCGCCCCGGCGUGCGUCUCGCGGCAAGCGACAAUCCUGUCGAAUUACCGCCCGCCAACACCGCGGGCAGGGACUACCUGAUCGGGUCCGCUGCCCAUCCCUUAGCUGCGUUGAUUGCCUUUGGCCUUGUCUACAAGGCAAGCCCGUCGGCACGCGAGCCGGCCAGGCCUACGUGGGCCUUGGAUACAAACGAGAACGGCAUCCAGGUGCCCGCGCCCUUCGUCCUAUUUGGCCCUGACAUGGAGUGGCUCCGCGAGGCCGUACGGCAAUCCGGCUGGGACCCCACACCAAGCAGCCAGUCGGCCGGGCUGUAG